AUGAGGACGCCCUUCGCCACCAGAGGGAGUUUGUAUUAGUGGAGUUACAAUAAAAAAGCACACACCUUAAGAAGGUAGAAACGAAAGUAAAAGGACGAAAGUAAACGACGCAGUUUAACCCUCUUAACUUUGAGUGUUUCAACUGUCGCAUAUUUUGAGAUUUGAAAUUAGUCUCCUCACAAUCUUUUGGCAAAUGAGAGCAGAAGGACACUAAAAUGAGCCUACAUAAAGAGAAAGUUGAUGAUGGCCCUGACUCUAAAAUGAGUUGUACAUCUCCUGGAUCCAGCUGUGGGCAUGUGAAGAGUGCUCAGCCCACAAUGAAACAUCCCCUUAAACUCAUUAAUGCAGUGGGCUCUGACUCCAGCAGUAGAAAGAGACAGAGAUUGGAGUCUUCAGAACCCAGCGGUGUGUCCGUAAAGAGUAACUCAUCUAUGUUGGAAACCCCUGAAUUCAGUGACGGACCAGUGACCCCUGACCCUGUCAGGGGGAAGAUACAUAGGCUGAUCAGAUCUGUGCCGUCCUCUACAUUCCUCUGUCAGUCCUUUAUCAGGCAGGACAACAAAGAAACUGCCCUGCAGACACACAAGCAAGAGACUGGAGUCCUGCAGAGAGUCAAAGACGAGCACAAAGCUAGCAUGAAGAACAAGUAUGAGAGAUUAUUUGAAGGAAUCAAACUGCAAGUGAAUGAAACCCUCCUGAACAGGAUCUACACACAGCUCUACAUCAUGAAAGAAGAGAGUGAAGGAGUGAAUAAAGAACAUGAGGUUUUACAGAUGGAGAAAACAGUCAAAACACAACACUCACAAUACACUCCAAUCUACUGCAAUGACAUCUUUAAAGUCUCGCCUGAAACAGGAUGUGAGGAGAAAGACCAAAUAAAGAUUGUCCUUACUAAAGGCAUUGCUGGAAUUGGAAAAACCAUCUCAGUGCAGAAAUUUGUUCUGGACUGGGCAGAGGGAAAAGCCAAUCAUGAUGUAGAUUUCAUGUUUGUGCUUUCAUUUCGAGAGCUGAACCUGAUUCAAAAUCAUCAACACAGUCUUCAUAGUCUUGUGCUGGACUUUCAUCCUGAACUUCAACAUCUCAACUCAAAGAUUUAUGAGGAGUGUAAAGUUGUGUUCAUCUUUGAUGGUCUGGAUGAAAACAAAGUUACACUGUUGUUUUCAGACUCUCAGAAAGUUUGUGAUGUGACUGAGACUUCAUCAGUGGCUGUGUUGGUGUCAAACCUCAUGAAAGGAGAGCUGCUUCCCUCUGCUCUCAUCUGGAUCACCUCCAGACCAGCAGCAGCCAAUCAGAUCCCCACCAAAUACAUUGACCGUGUGACAGAAAUUCAGGGAUUCAAUGAGACUCAAAAGGAGGAAUAUUUCAGGUUGAGAAUUAGAGAUGAACAUCAAGCCAGUAAAAUUGUUUUACACAUCAAAAAAGCAAGAAGCCUCCAUAUCAUGUGCCACAUCCCCAUCUUCUGCUGGAUCUCAUCCACUGUGCUUCAGAAGCUCCUGGAAGAAGAUCUGAGUGUAGAAAUCCCUCAGACACUGACAGAAAUGUACAUCCACUUUCUGCUUAUUCAGAUCAACAUAAGGAACGAGAAGUAUGAAGAAAGAGAUCCAGCGAUACUUCUACAGUCCAAUAGAGAAGUCAUUGUGAACCUUGCAGGAGUGGCUUUCAAACAGCUGAUAAAGGGCAAUGUGAUGUUCUAUGAGGAGGACCUGAUUGAGAGCGGCAUAGAUGUCACUGAUGCCUCAGUGUAUUCUGGGAUUUGCACUGAGAUCUUUAAGGAGGAAUCUGUGAUUCAUCAGAGGAAAGUCUACAGUUUCAUUCAUCUGAGUGUUCAGGAGUUUCUUGCUGCAUUCUAUGUGUUUUCCUGCUAUUUAAUGAAGAAAAAGGAACCACUUCAACUUCUGGGUGCUAAAGAUAAACAUGACCAUGAAUAUGACACUGACCCAGAUGUUGAUGGUAUUAGUUUAACACAUAAAUAUUACUCUAACACUGAGUACUUGUCUGAUGAAGACUCUUUCUAUGCUCUACUAACACCAGCAGUAGAUAAAGCCCUCAAGAGUAAGAAUGGACACCUAGAUCUGUUCCUGCGAUUCCUGAUGGGCGUCUCACUGGAGUCCAAUCAGAGACUCUUAAAGGAUCUACUGACACACACAGAGAACAGCUCAGAGAGCAUCAGGAGAACCACACAGUACAUUAAAGAGAAGAUCAAAAAUGGACAUGGACUGUCCAUUGAAAGAUCCAUCAAUCUGUUCCUCUGUCUGCUGGAAGUGAAAGAUCAAACUCUGUCCAGAGAGAUUCAGGCAUUUGUUAAGUCAGACAAACACUCAGAGAAGUAUCUCUCUCCUGCUCACUGCUCAGCAAUAGCCUACAUGCUUCAGAUAUCAGAGGAGGUGCUGGAUGAGCUGGACCUCAAGAAAUACAACACAUCAGAUGAGGGUAAAAGAAGAUUGAUUCCAGCUGUAAACAACUGCAGAAAAGCUCUUCUUGCUGGCUGUAAUCUCACUGGUCAACACUGCAAAAUUGUGUCAUCAGCUCUACAAUCCUCUGUCUUGAGAGAGCUUGAUCUGAGUAACAAUGACCUUCAGGACUCUGUGAAUCUUCUUUCUCAUGGACUGAAGAGUGCAAACUGUCAGCUGGAGUUACUAAGACUGCGGUUCUGUAAUCUCACUAGUCAGCAUUGUGAAAUUGUGUCAUCAGCUCUACAGUCCUCAAACUCUGUCCUGAGAGAGCUGGAUCUGAGUAACAAUAACCUGCAGGAUUCAGGAAUGGAGAUUUUUUCCAGUGGACUGCAGAGUUCAAACUGUCGCCUGAAGAUACUGAGAUUACCAUGCUGUAAUCUGACUGGUCAGUCCUGUGAAAUUGUCUCAUCAGCUCUACAAUCUUCAAACUAUGUCCUGAGAGAGCUGAAUCUAAGUAAUAAUGACCUGCAGGAUUCAGGAGUGAAACUACUCUCUGAUGGACUAAAGUGUCCAAACUGUCAGCUGGAGAUACUAAGGUUGUCAGGCUGUAUGGUGACAGAGGAAGGCUGUGUUUAUUUGUCUUCAGCUCUGAGUUCAAACCCUUCACACCUAAGAGAGCUGGAUCUGAGCUACAAUCACCCCGGACAAUCAGGAGUCCAGCUGCUCAACCAAAAAAUGGAGGAUCCAAACUGCUCACUGCAGAUACUCAAUGUGGAUCAUGGUGGCGAGUUCAUGAUGACAGCAGGACUACGAAAGUAUGCCUGUGAUCUCUCACUGGACCCAAACACAGCAAAUACUCAACUCAUCCUGUCUGAGGACAACAGAAAGGUGACACGUGUAAAAAAUCAUCAGCCAUACCCUGAUCAUCCUGAGAGAUUUGAGCAGGUUCCUCAUGUUUUGUGUAGAGAGAGUUUGACUGGACGGUGUUACUGGGAGGCUGAAUGGAGCGGAUAUAAUACAGAAAUAUCAGUGACAUAUAAAGGAAUCAGCAGGAAAGCAGGCGGUGACUGUUGGUUUGGAUACAAUGAGAAAUCCUGGAGUCUGAUCUGUACUGAUGAUGGAAUUACUGUAUGGCACAAUAAUAAGUUCACUGACAUCUCUACCCCUUCACCUUUUUUUAACACAGUAGGAGUGUAUGUGGAUGUGUUGGACGGCACUCUGUCAUUCUACAGUGUCUCAGACACACACACACUCACACACUUACACACAUUUAACACAACAUUCACUGAACCCCUCUAUGCUGGUUUUAAAGUUUCCCCUGAUUCCUCAGUGUCUCUGUGUUGAAUUACACCAGAAAUGGGCUCUCAAGUUACAUGGACCCAAGUCGCACUCCAGUUGCAGACCUGGGACCCGGAAUGACUUUUGACUUGACUGGACAAGAAGGACAAUAUCAAUAACUUCUGAUAUCCUAAAGAAAGAACUUAAAAUGUAUUUAUAUUUUUUACUAUAUUUUACUUUUACUAAAUCUGCAUCAAUAUUUAAUUGUUGAUGUAAAUGGGACUCUUAUCAUAGAAUUUGAUGAAGUGUGUCUGUGUAUUAUGUGUGCAUUCUGAAAUGUCAGAAGGGUAUGAAACAAACCAUUUAUGUUCACACAUCUGGUUAUAUUAGUGCAGUGAUCCUCAAAUCUGGCUCGCGAGAUCCACUUUCCUGCGAAGUUUAGCUCUAGCCCCAAUCAAACAUGCAUGAGUUUGCUAAUCAGUGUCUUCAGGAUCAUUAGAAAAUCACAGACAGGUGUGUUUAAUUGGAGUCGGAGCUAAACUCUGCAGGAAACUGGAUCUCGCGAGCCAGAUUUGAGGAUCACUGUAUUAGUGUGUCAGAAUCAGGAACUAUAAGAAGAUCAUAUAGCAAAAAUAUGGGAAAACGUUUAAAGAUGCUGGAAUGACAGCAUCAAAUCUUAAAAUGCAUCACAUCUUGGAACACAUCCACAAAGUUUAGAAACAUUAACUUCAUAUAUGCUGGGGUGUGUCCUGUUAAAAAUCUAUACUUAAACCUAUAGCACAAUGUUUUAUCAGUCUUUUUGCAAUAUAUGCAGAUAUGGGUUUCCUCUCUUUUAAUGUUUGUGUGUCCAGGUUAGAAUAAUCAUAAUGCACACUAAUGAAACUGAUGCUUCAAAUAAACAUGUUGAUCAUCUCUAAACAUUUCUUCAUAUGGAGCACAUAAUGAAAGUAUUAUGUCAACUUAUUGUCUAUUUUACAUUUAAAUUUGUGUGAAUAAUUAUGGAAAAAUAACUUAUAUGGUUUUAUAUACAGUAGGUGGACAACCAAAAUGGGUAAUGGAGGGCCGCACCAUUAACUGCAAGUCAGUUGUGUGUUAAAAUCAUUUGUAAAACUACCGCCAUGGUGCGCAAAGGGACUGAUUGCAAACUGA